GUGUUGCAAGACAGAGAAGUGAGGACAGAGACGAGGAGAGACAGGGAGAGAGAAGUGGAGAGAGACGCAGAGAGAGACGUGGAGAAACACAGAUGUGGAGAGACGCAGAGACCAGGAUGAGAGAGAGAUAAAGCAAGACGCUAAGCAAGAGACACACAGGGUGUGAGACAAGGACAAGCUCCGCAGCCCCUGAAGCCCCAGCCCUGCCUUCAUGCCCGGCAGGUGCCCCACCUGGCGCAUCCUCCCAGGUAAGCCUCAGCCUGUGCUGCAGGUGGUCUGACUCAGGGUCUCCCAGUGACUCUUGAGGAGCAUCUGCAGACCAGAGGAUGGCCCAAGUCCUGCACGUGCCAGCCCCCUUCCCAGGGACUCCAGGCCCAGCCUCCCCGCCCGCAUUCCCUGCCAAGGAGACCGACCCUCCCUACUCCGUGGAGACACCCUAUGGCUACCGCCUGGACCUGGACUUUCUCAAGUAUGUGGAUGACAUUGAGAAGGGCCACACGCUUCGCCGCGUGGCCGUGCAGCGCAGGCCCCGCCUCGGCUCGCUGCCCCGAGGGCCUGGCUCCUGGUGGACGAGCACCGAGUCACUGUGUUCCAACGCCAGUGGGGACAGCCGCCAUUCGGCCUAUUCCUACUGCGGCCGAGGCUUCUACCCUCAGUAUGGUGCCCUGGAGGCCCGUGGCGGCUUCAACCCCCGUGUGGAGCGCACGCUGCUGGAUGCCCGGCGCCGCCUGGAGGACCAGGCGGCUGCACCCACUGGCUUGGGCUCCCUGACACCCAGCGCCGCCGGCUCAACCAGCUCGUUGGUAGGCGUGGGGCUGCCACCCCCGACGCCACGGGGCUCGGGACUGUCCACCCCCGUGGCACCCAGUGCUGGGCACCUGGCUCAUGUGCGAGAGCAGAUGGCAGGUGCUCUGCGGAAGCUGCGGCAGCUGGAAGAACAGGUGAAGCUGAUCCCCGUGCUCCAGGUGAAGCUUUCAGUGCUGCAGGAGGAAAAGCGGCAGCUCACGGUGCAGCUCAAGAGCCAGAAAUUCCUGGGCCACCCCACAGGGGCCCGAGGCCGCAGCGAGCUCUGCCUCGACCUUCCUGAGCCCCCCGAGGACCCAGUGGCACUCGAGACUCGGAGCGUGGGCACCUGGGUCCGAGAGCGAGACUUGGGCAUGCCUGAUGGGGAGGCAGCCCUUGCUGCCAAGGUCGCUGUGCUGGAGACCCAGCUCAAGAAAGCGCUCCAGGAGCUGCAGGCAGCUCAGGCCCGGCAGGCUGACCCCCAACCCCAGGCUUGGCCAUCGCCGGACAGCCCAGUCCGCGUGGACACUGUCCGGGUCGUAGAGGGGCCGCGGGAGGUGGAGGUGGCAGCCAGCACAGCUGCUGGGGCCCCUGCACAGCGGGCCCAGAGUCUGGAGCCCUAUGGAGUAGGGCUGCGGGCCCUGGUGACAUCUGGAGGGGCCGAGAACCCCCCUGUGUUCCGCAGCCAUGAGGUGGUGGAGACAGCGUUCCCCGCGCCCACUGCAUCCACUGGCAACAUCCACCUGGUGAAGAAGAUCAGCAUCACAGAGCGAAGCUGCGAUGGGGUAGCAGGUCUCCCACAGGUUCCUGCAGACUCAUCCUUAGCACCGCCAGGGUCUGCAGCAGCCUCCUUGGCACAGCCCAAGAAGGACAUAGGCCAGGUGCCCACCCUUGAUGCCAUCAACAGGGAGCCCACCAGGCAAGCAGCCUCACGUGACUCAGAGGAGGCCAAAGGCGCAGGCGGGCCCCAGGUGAGCCUGCGUUCCAUCAUGAAGCGGAAAGAGGAGCCUGCAGACGCUGAGGCCCACCGAAGGAGCCUCCAGUUCGUGGGGGUCAAUGGCGGGUAUGAGUCCUCCUCCGAGGACUCCAGCACGGCAGAGAACUUCUCGGACAAUGAGAGCACAGAGAACGAGGCCCCAGAACCCAAGGAAAGGGUGCUGAGUGUGGCCGAAGCCCCCCAGCUCAGGCCCACAGGGACGGCAGUGGCCAGUACCAGCCGGGAGGAGUGCCAGCUAUCUCGGGAGUCUCAGCACGUGCCCACAGCUGAGGGGGCAUCAGAAUCAAAUGCAGAGGAGGAGAUCCGGAUGGAGCUAAGCCCCGACCUCAUCUCAGCCUGCCUGGCCCUGGAAAAGUACCUGGACAACCCCAACGCCCUCACUGAGCGCGAGCUGAAAGUGGCCUACACCACGGUGCUGCAGGAGUGGCUGCGCCUGGCCUGCCGCAGUGACGCCCACCCUGAGCUUGUACGGCGCCACCUGGUCACGUUCCGGGCCAUGUCAGCGCGGCUGCUGGACUACGUGGUCAACAUCGCCGACAGCAAUGGCAACACCGCGCUGCACUACUCCGUGUCCCACGCCAACUUCCCGGUGGUGCGGCAGCUGCUGGGCAGCGGUGUCUGCCAAGUGGACAAGCAGAACCGCGCCGGCUAUAGCCCCAUCAUGCUUACCGCGCUGGCCACCCUAAAGACCCAGGAUGACAUCGAGACUGUCCUGCAGCUCUUUCGGCUUGGAGAUGUCAACGCCAAAGCCAGCCAGGCAGGGCAGACAGCCCUGAUGCUGGCAGUCAGCCACGGGCGGGUGGACGUGGUCAGAGCUCUGCUGGCCUGCGAGGCAGACGUCAACGUGCAAGACGAUGACGGCUCCACGGCUCUCAUGUGCGCCUGCGAGCACGGCCACAAGGAGAUCACGGGGCUGCUGCUGGCCGUGCCCAGCUGUGACAUCGCGCUCACUGACCGCGACGGGAGCACAGCUUUGAUGGUGGCCUUAGAUGCGGGGCAGAGUGAAAUUGCGUCCAUGCUGUAUUCCCGCAUGAACAUCAAGUGUUCGUUUGCCCCGAUGUCAGAUGACGAAAGUCCGGCAUCAUCCUCCGCAGAAGAGUAGCCGUGAGAGGGGACCAGCUGGCCCCAGGUUAAACCGCCCCUCCUCCCUUCUCCCUCACCCCUUGUCUCCUCCCUGGCCAGCACCUUCUCAUACCCACCAAGGUCCAAGUCUCAAAGGCAAGUGGGUUUUUCUUCUGCUUCCCAGGAGGAGUUCCCAACAGUGACAAGACUGCAGCUUAAAGCAGGUUUGGCCUGGUACCCCAGUUCAAAGCAGCUGCAGUACAGACCGAAGCUACACUCUCAUAUAAAUUGGUGCCAGUGGCUGACGCUGGGGUGUGGGUUUGUGAAGAUCACUGAGAACAAUCAGCUGGCAAUGAUGGAUGGAGGAGGGUGAAAGCAAAAAUUACUGUAUUUUUUAAUUGUCGGGGGAGGGGGGGACAUCAUAUUAACCUGUUGCCAAAUUUGAAAGUCACUGGAAUUGCAUAUUUUCAUUUUAAUCCUGAAUGUUAUUGUGCACGGGUGGCGUCUGGAGUGGCUUAACACUCCCCUUGCCUUUCUCUCCACCCCCACCCCACAUUUAAUUGUCUGGUAUAUAAUAGCAUUUUGUCUGCUUCCCCCAGACGGCUUUCUUGGGGGAAUUUUCUUCUGAUCUCUUCACAAAAUGGAUUCUGUCCUUGUCACCUGGGGAAGAAAAUUCAGUCCUUCUGCUUUCUUGCUGCCACUGCCGCCCCCAUUCAAUUGGCGGGGGGCUCAGGACCCAGCAGCUGAGAUGUGUGAGCAGUUCAUAUCAAGAAAUUACCCCGCAAUCCGACCCCUCCCCGCAUGGAGGCCCCAGCAAAUAUUUUCUUAGAAAAUCCUUCAAACCUGAAGACACAGGAAAUGAACCUAGUUCCCAGUGUGGCUGCUGAGUCCCGGGGCUUAGAACCUUGGUUACAGGCCGUCCUCAUCCUCCCCGGACUCCAGAAUCUCUCUCCUCAAGAGAAAGAAAACAGGGCAUGUGCUUGUUGGCAGAGCAUGGGGCAGGCUCCAGAAACCCCAUGUGUGCACGAUUAAAAGUUGGCUGCCCCCGGAGGGCUCCCAGCACAAACUGAAAGAGACAGGGCUUUGCCGAAAACCAAACAAGGGCCAGCUGGGUUUUUUUAACAACCUACAGGCUUUCCGGAGCUGCCUGGAACGGAGCCUGCUGGAAAUGGGGCUCGCCAGCCAGACACACAGUUUCCUUCAUUGCCUGUUUUGUCCCCAGAAUCUCAAUAUGGUUUUCUUUCCUGUUCCUACCUUUCGUUGAACCAAAGAAAGAAAAGGGACAGAUUCCAAGCCUUGUGACGGGAGUAAGACCCUUAGGUGUCCUGCCCUCUCUUGUCCAGUUCUCAGCUCAGCCGCCAGGGUUGGAGGCAGACAACCGGAGGAUAGAUCAGACAGACCCUGAGUGCAUCCCUUCAUUCAAUCAAGUGAAAUGCUGGCUUCUCUCCUGGAGGAAUGGGUUUCUUGGCUUGAUGGAGUCUGG